UACUCACUGAAUUGGCGCAGACAGAGUGUGUUGGCCUACGCAAACAUUUUUGGAAUGGCGUCGGUAGGUCGACAAAGCUUACAGGUGUGGAUGGUAUGGCUUCUCAUCGCAAGUUGUGGAGGUCUGAAAGAGGAUGACGUUUUAAAAUCUCCAAAGAAGGCAAUAUUCAACAGACAAGACUAUUCAAUCCAUGCAAAGAGUUCACCACAGCCAUCUGUUAAGCAGGUACUAUACUACGGACAUUUAACAAUGGGAACUAAGAAACUAAAUCUGUCUGCUGAGGAGAAUUCUUUUGCCAAUGAUGCAGAGUUGUUCAAUGGAUCUUCUGGAGACCGCACUGAUUAUCAAUCCGACUCUUAUUCCCAUGUGUUAAAGGGACUAGAAGGUGUUGUUGAAGGAGUUUACAGCCAGAACAAGAGGGCCCAUGCCGUAGACCGGUUACUGGGUAUGAAACCAAAGGUCGAAUGCGUUGAGGAUUCAAUGACACUCAAACUUCAUGGAGCUGCUGCUUUGGGGGUUCCUGUUCAUAUAGACAGAGGGAAUGCGCACCCUCUCUCAUUAUCAGAAAUGCCUCCAGUUUGUGGCUAUGAAGUAAGGAGGAGCUGGAGGGAUUUGGUUUUCAGUACACCAUAUGAUGGCUGCUUUGUAGCUGAAAAGGAAUCCAUUUAUGUCUUACCUCUGGUUAUCUCUGGCAUACCUGUGAGCAUGGCCUGCCCAAGCAUUGCCCCAAAGCCCCCUUCCGUGUCUUGCCAUGCCAGUGGAAUGACUGUAAAAAUUGAAUCGUCUGCCUCUGCUAAAGAUGUUCAAGUGAAAGUUAACAGUAAAUGGCAGUCAUUGAUUAAGGUGUCCCCUCAGUGUGGCUUCAGUGUUGUAGAACAUCCUGAUGGAGUGAUUAUAUCUGUCACAUAUGUGCCAUGUAUUGAAGAACAGGAUGGUAUGUUGACAUUUGAGGUAGCAGCUAAAGGAGACUUUAAAAUCUCUUGUCCAUCUCGGUCUGCUGCUAUGGCUAUUCCUCCAUCAGAGCAACCAAAAUACCCAAACAUUCAAUUUCCUUCUGUCUACAAUCCUGAUGCAGUUUCUGCAAUCCCUGAACCUGAGCAUCCAGAAGUACCACAGCUUCCACAAAGACCAAUUCUCCAAUCUACACCGGCACUUCCAGACCCAGUUUACCCUAAGAAACCAGCAUUUGUUAAGGAUUCUUCCAAAUACAUUCCUCCUCGUACCGCUAGGCCUGUACCGUCUCCAGCAAAAUUCCCUUUCUACUCUUUCAAACCUGAAUUUUACCAGCCUGCUCCUAAGCCUGACUGUGUCUCCCCAAGCCCAAAGCCUGAGCUUUCAGAAGUACCACAGCUUCCAGAAAGACCAGUUCCCCAGACUACUCCAGCACCUUUGGGCCCUGUUUAUGUGGAGAAACCAACACCUGUUGAGGAUCCUUCCAAAACCAUGCAUGGUCAAAACCCUGAACACAUGCACUCUCCAGGAAAAUUCCCUUACUUUUUUUUUAAACCUGGAUUUUACCCACCUGACCGUGUCGCUGCAAUCCCUGAAUCUGAUUAUCCAGAGGUACCAGAGGUACUAGAACUUCCACAAAGACCAGCUCUCCAACCUUUUCUGGCACCUCCGGACCCAGUUUACCCUACGAAGCCAGCACUUGUUGAGGAUCCACCUAAAAGCAGGCCUGAUAAGAAUCCUGAACACGGACAAUUCCCUUUCUAUUUUAUCAAACCUGGAUCUUACCCACCUGACAGUAUUAUUGCAAUCCCGGCAAAUCCAGCGCUUGUUGAGGAUCCUUCCAAAAACAUUCCCCCUCGUACCCCUGGGCCUGCUCAUCCUCAAGCAGAAUUCCCUUUCUAUCCUUUCAAACCUGAAUUUCACCAACCUGCUCCUGAGCCUGACUGUGUCUCCCCAAGCCCAAAGCCUGAGCUUUCAGAAAUACCACAGCUUCCACAAAGACCACUUCUCCAACCUACACCGGCACCAAAGAAGCCACUACCUGUUGAGGCUCCACCUAAAAGCAGGCCUGAAAAAAACCCUGAAUACAUACAAUUCCCUUUCUAUUCUUUCAAACCUGAAUUUUACCAGCCUGCUCCUAAGCCUGACUGUGUCUCCCCAAGCCCAAAGCCUGAGCUUUCAGAAGUACCUCAGCUUCCAAAAAGACCAGUUCCUCAGACUCCGCCAGCACCUUUGGGCCCCGUUUAUGUGGAGAAGCCAACACCUGUUGAGGAUCCUUCCAAAACUGUGCCUGGUCAAAACCCUGAACACAUGCAGUCUCCAGGAAAAUUCCCUUACUAUUUUUUGAAACCUGGAUUUUACCCACCUGACAGUGUCGCUGCAAUCCCUGAAUCUGAUUAUCCAGAGGUACCAGAGGUACUAGAACUUCCACAAAGACCAGUUCUCCAACCUUCUCUGGCACCUCCGGACCCAGUUUACCCUACGAAGCCAGCACUUGUUGAGGAUCCACCUAAAAGCAGGCCUGAUAAAAAUCCUGAACACGGACAAUUCCCUUUCUAUUUUAUCGAACCUGGAUCUUACCCACCUGACAGUAUUCUUGCAAUCCCGGCAAAUCCAGCGCUUGUUGAGGAUCCUUCCAAAAACAUUCCCCCUCGUACCCCUGGGCCUGCUCAUCCUCAAGCAGAAUUCCCUUUCUAUCCUUUCAAACCUGAAUCUCACCAACCUGCUCCUAAGCCUGACUGUGUCUCCCCAAGCCCAAAGCCUGAGCUUUCAGAAGUACCACAGCUUCCAGAAAGACCAUUUCCCCAGACUACUCCAGCACCUUUGGGCCCUGUUUAUGUGGAGAAGCCAACAUCUGUUGAGAAUCCUUCCAAAAACAUGCCUGGUCAAAACCCUGAACACGUGCAAUCUCCAGGAAAAUUCCCUUACUAUUUUUGGAAACCUGGAUUUUAUCCACCUGGCCUUGCAGCAAUCCCUGAACCUGAGCAUCCAGUACAACUUCCACAAAGACCAGUUCUCCCAUCUACACCGGCACCAAAGAAGCCAGUACCUGUUGGUCCACCUGAAAGCAGGCCUUUUUUCAAACCUGAAUUUUACCAGCCUGCUCCUAAGCCUGACUGUGUCUCCCCAAGCCCAAAGCCUGAGCUUUCAGAAGUACCACAGCUUCCAGAAAGACCAUUUCCCCAGACUACACAGGCACCUUUGGGUCCAUUUGAUCCAAAAUGGCCAGUUAUUGUUGUGCAACCUCCUCUUGCUCCCACUGCACCUGCACAUCCUCCCACAGAAGCUCCUAUUCAUCGUGUGUAUCAGAUCUAUCCAAUAGUAACACCUCCUCCAAAACCAAAAAUGCCAAUCCCUCCCACAUUAAAAACAACAGAACCAGCAUUCGUUCUCCUACCGACCACUGCCCAAAAAACUGCAGUGGAUUCUCCACCACCUAAUAAUCAAUUUCAUCAAUCUACACACUGUUCCACUGUCUGUUCUCUUGGCCAUUCCAACUGCUGUCCACUGGCCUUGUCUUUCCAUCAGCAUCUCCACCACCACAACCACUUUGCUCCUGAUCAAAGCCAGGUAGUUCAGCCAGCAUCAGCAACUAGUUACAAGGAGCCUACCUAUAUUCAGCAACUCUUCCAUCGUUCCGGAACCGAAAACUGUGGCAAUUGUUUAUUUACACUGUUAAACACAACUCAGAAGUCAACAUCAAUUCCCUUAGUGCAAACUGGUGCCAAACCCAUUUCACCUCAAGCCCAUCAGAUUCAUCAGCUACCUAUUUCUAAACUCGAAAGCAAUCAACCUGUUGAACCUCUGCCUUACCAGUGGUUGCAAAAUCCAUACGAUUUGCCUAACCCUGAAUCAACCUCCACCUUGGGUCAUGAUAUUCCAGCCAACAGACUUGAAAGCAUAUCUAGCUCCUCUGCUAAAACUCUAGGUUUGCAUAGAGUUCAGGCUGCUAAAGACCUUGAACCUCAGAGCACUGUAAAACAUUCUGUUCCUUACUCAUUGUUUCAGAUUCCUCACUUUGGAACUUACCCUCCACCUCCUACUAAGCCAAAUACACACCCUGAAACUCUAACUUUUCUUAACCACCCGUCCCUGUCUUCUUCCUUAAAUAUAGAGGUCCCAAGCUCUCGAUUUAACAAGGACCUGAUAUUAAACCCUAAACCUAUAGAAGGUUCUGUCCCUCACCCAUGGGUCCAGCAUCUGUUUUUUAACCCUUCUGUGUCAAGACAAAAUAUGCAGGAGGAAAAGCUGAGAAUCCCUGAUGUCUCUUCAGAUUCAAAGACCGUGCAGAAUGCACUUGGGAGGAACGUUCCUGUGGUUUCCUCUGGGCUCGGUCAUCAAACUGUUCCUGUGAAGGUCACUGCUGGUAAUGGGAACCCAACAUCAACCUUUAAACCUGGGAUAUUAAAUCUUCACCCUAAGAAUAUUGGGUCCCUCCCAAAAAAAGCAUCCCCUCAGAGCUCUAUCUUUGGCCCUAGUGGUGAACAUUUUGCAACACAUGGAUCACCUCUGACUUUUCAGCAGUAUUGGAAACCAGUGAGGCCUCAUCAUGAGUAUUGAAGAUCUACUGAAAGCCAGCUGUUUCUUAUAUUUCACAAGGCAGGAAUUCUACUCUGGAAACUUAAAUAACCUACAUUCAAUAUGGAGACCAUAUUCUCAUCAAUAAAAGCCUCAAAUGAU